AUGGCUCAAACACUUACCCAGAUCCGUAACUGGAAUGCGACCUUGAAGACUGCCCGCCCUAAUAUGGUGGCGCUCUUCGUUGGAGGUACUGGCGGUAUCGGAAGAAGCACCGCCGUUAAGCUGGCUGCUGCUGUCGCUACCCCAACCAUUUACAUUGUUGGUCGCAAUGAGAAGGAAGGUGCUGAGGUUAUGCAGGAGUUGAAGUCCGCCAACAACAAUGGCACUUACUCUUUCCUCUCUGCGGAUGCAUCCCACCUACGCGAAGUAGAUGCCGUGUGCCAGAAGCUCAAGCCGGAGUUGUCAUCUCUGGAUCUCCUUUUUAUGACUAUUGGAGGACUUUCAUUCAGCAAAAUUGAGGGUGAUAACAACAUCGAUGUCAAUCACAUUCUCCGCUACUACAGCCGUAUGCGAUUCAUCCAAAAUCUUACUCCCGCCCUCGAGGCAUCUAAAUCCCCACGCGUUGUUAGCAUCCUCGGUGGUGGCAAGGAGAUCAAGAUUGAGGAGGACAACCUCGACCUUAAGAAGAGCUGGUCUUUCACUGGAGGUGCUGGCUACGCCUCAAGUAUGGUUUCAGUUGCACACGAGAAACUUGCAUCGGAGAACCCUUCCAUCAGCUUCAUCCACGGCUUCCCAGGUGUUGUGUCGACACCACUGUUCAAGAAGUUCUUGGGACCUAUUUUCGGUUCGAUCGUGGGAUUCCUGAGCACACCCCUGUCCAUGUCUGCUUCUGAGAGUGGAGAGUGGCACAUAUACCUCUCUACUGCUGAGCAGUUCAAGUCUAAGGAUGCUUCCGGUAACGGCUCUUAUAUUCUAAACUACGAUGGAAAGGAUCUUACCAACGAGGCGAUCAUGACUGAGCUUCGGGAGAAGGAUUUCCCGACCAUUGUUUGGAAGCACACCCUGGAUACUUUUGAGAAGCUUGCUUAG